AUGGUGACAGCAUUGAAGCUAAGAGGUUCUUCACCAAAUUCAUCCAAAAUGAGGUGGAAGCAAGCAUUGAGUAUAAUUGUAGGCAUGAAGGUCCAGACAAUUAUGGGUUGGAACGUUCCCACAUGGGCAUCUUCACUGAGUUGGGUAUCCUUUACGCCAGAUACCGCUACGAGAUUAUUAGGGCUGGAACGUUCCCACAUGGAAAGCAACAAUGUAUCUGCUGUAAAUGAGGCAUUGAAUGAAAUAUAUGUGGAGGAGGAAGACUAUGAUAUGUUACGUGAGUCUAUUGAUUUGCAUGACAACUUUGACCAGAUUGGCCUUGCGCAGAAGAUUGAGAAACACGAGCUUCUUGAGAUGAGGCAUGUGGCUGCAUAUAUUUACAAGAAGGCUGGUACAAACCUAUUCACUGUGGUGGGUUGUAUGUUGAAUAUGAGGGUAUUUGUGAGGGCCAAUUGGAUGGAGGUUGCAUUUUCCGGUGACACUACUCGCCUGAGUUACAGGUUGACAUGGGAGUUCUUGCCAUGUUUACUACCAGUGUUUACCUCCAUAAUUGUAUCAUCAAUCCUGAUAUGGAAUUAUGAAGGUUCAGACAACUCAGAAAGAGCUACUUCUCUUUAUGAUGGUGAAUCAUGGAUGCCAUGUCUGAAAGGACUAAGCCCUUUUUGGUUAAUGGGUUCCAGAAUGAUUUCAUUUUGCUUGAUUUUAGCUGCUUCCAUUGCUGAUGUUGCUACUCAUGGCACCAACUUAUUUUACUAA